AUGUCGACCAACAAGAGGGGCAACAUCUUCGGCCAGGGUAAGCCUGAGCGCCCAUACGAAGAGCGCGACGAACCCGCAGAUGUCCCUCAGCGGGCAACAGCAGCCCAGCUCGCCGCACGAAAAAUCAAAACCGCGAAAGCCCGACGACCAGCAGGCGCCUCCUCCGGUCUAUCACAGAGCGCAAACUUUGGCGCACCACAGCAGAAUGGCUUCAACUUCGGCGCCUCGGCACCUGCUCCUGCAAACGGCGGCACGAAUGCCUUUGGAGGCUUUGGGGGAAACAAUGCUUUCGGUGGCGCUAGCGCGACGAGCAGUUUUCCACCUGCUCAGCCCGCAGCCCCAAGCAGUACCUUUUCCAGCUCAUCUUUUCCAGCAUUUGGAGGCAGCAAUUCAGGAACAGGCACAGGCUUCAAUCCUCAGCCGCCUUCAUCCGCGGGUUUCAAUUUUACAGCAGGAGGUUCCAACCCAUUUGCGACAGCGAGCUCGGCGCCUGCGACAAACGGCAGCACGCCUGCGCCCGCACCCGCGUUCGGAGGAUCAAUAUUCGGCAACUCACAAACACAGAGCAAUCCCUUUGGUGGACUAGCACAGAGCAGCACGUCAAGUGCAGCCCCAUCAACCAGUAUUUUCGGUACAUCGAGCGCCGCACCCUCCGGUGGUCUGUUUGGUACUUCGAGCGCUGCGCCUUCGGGCGGCCUAUUUGGCACUACCAGCGGCGCUGCAAACGCUCCAGCAACCACCGCCCCGGCCUCAACACCAUUUACCUUUGGCGCUACCAGCUCAUCGGCUCAGAACACUGCAAGCACGCCAGCAACAAGCGGCAUUUUCAGUAGUUUCGGCAACUCCACGCAGACAGCCCCACCAGCACAAAACAGCAUUUUCAGCAGUUUCGGCACGAAUGCACAGAAGGAGGAAGCCCCCAAAGAGCCAGCUGCAUCCCAGAAUAGCAUUUUUGGUGGCUUUGGUUCAAACGCGCAAAAGACUGAUAGUGCUACGGAGACACCCAAGCAGAAUAAUAUAUUCGGGGGUCUAAACACAGGUGCACAGAGCACGCCGACGGCGCCUUCAGCACCAUCUACUGGCUUGUUCGGAGCUUCCACUUCGGCUACACCAAGUGCCAAGCCCUCCGCACCCGCCGACAACCCCUUCGCAAACCUCCCGACUGCAGCGGGCGCAUCUACUCCAUUCAAAGGAUUCGGAGCAACAUCACAGACGCCUCAGGCUCAAGAGAAGACUCCAGCCCCCUCAGCGAACCUGUUUGGUAACCUGAACAAGCCAGAGGAGUCUAGCACCACUGCUGCACCAGAGACACCCAAGUCGAACCCAUUCGCGUCUCUUGCAAAGCCAGCUACUCCUCCAGCUGCUGCUCCGGCAGCUACUAGUUCUGGAUUUAGCUUAUUUGGAACUGACAAAGAUAAGGAUUCAAGUUCGGCAACACUCAAGGCUCCUGAAGCAUCCAAAUCGAGCCUGUUCCAGCCUUUCAGCACUCCACAGCCAGCAAAGACUGCCGAUGCGGAAAAGCCACAAGGUGGACUGUUCAGCGCGGCUCAACCAAAGACCAGCUCCGGUUUGUUUUCACAGACAUUCCAACCCGAGGCCAACAAAUCGAGCAACCUGUUCAGCAAGCCUCAGUCCAGCUUCUCGUCUUUCACACCGUCUGCAACUUCUUCAACAGAGGCACCAAAGGCUCCUGCUGCGGCGUCUCCUUCUUCUGAAAAGUCCAAUCCGUUUGCCUCCCUGUCAACCCCUUCAACAGAUCGACCCAAUCUGUUCAGCGCUCCCAAGGAACCUGCCCAAGUCUCCCCUGCACCAGCCAUGCCCAACCUUACAGGCAGCUCCACGGUGUCGAACGAAUCACAGCAAACACCAGAGAUCCCCAAGGUUCCCAAGGUACACGUCCCUAAAGAAUGGUCUGUACCGGGUGUUGUUCGCGCACAGAGCGGUGAUAGUCUAUUGAAGCAAAUCACGGACUUGACUGCUCAACUUCAAGUUUUGAACGGAAAGUACCGACAGCAGAUUAGUACUCUUCCUCCCACGGCAGACUGGUCGAGUGUGUCCCUUUGGCACUACCAGCAUUCCACCGACAUCAAGAAGAAGAUUGACAACGCGAAAAAGCAACGUGCAGCUAGCCGCGGUGUCACUGGAACUGAAUCCAGUCUGUCGACUAAGCGCAAGGCUGAUGAAGAUAACGUCGAAGCCCGUGAUCCUUCUCCAAUUAAGCGAUCUCGUCCAGCCGAGACACCUGCGAGCCCGACACCUCAACCUUCUGCUUCUACUCCAAAGCUGAACCCGCCAGCAACGGCAACAUCGAACAUGUUUGCCAAGGCAAUCGGUAACAAGCCUUCCACGCCUUCUGCUCCCUCUACGUCGUCAACAAAUCUGUUUGCUCCAAAGACGGCUGAGAAUUCCAGUGAAGAACCUGCCAAGGCAAAUGCACCAGCUACUGGUUUUGGUUUCAGCCCGUCACUGCCCGCCACCAACGGUGCAAGCAGCUCAUCCACUUCGUCCGGAUUCAAGCCUACGUUCGGCAGCACGCCCAGCAGCGCUUCCGGCUCAACAGGGUUCAAGCCCAAUUUUGGUAGUGCUCCGGGAGGAGGUGGUUUUAUGGCGCAAUUUACCAAGACGGCGAAGACUUAUGACGAGCUUGCUGCCGAGCGUAAGAAGAAGGCUAUGGAAGAGGACUACGAUUCUGACGAGGAAACUGAAGAGCAAUGGUCUGCCAGGUAUGACAAAGCUGAAGAAGAACGUCGUGCUGAAGAAAAAAAGAAGGCUGCUGCCACUCCUACAUUCACAUUUGGUGCCUCGGCUAAGCCAGACGCACAGCCAUCAGGCAGCACCCCGAAAUCUAAUCCUUUCUCUGGCCUGCUGAAGCCCACAAGUGGUGCAUCUACGCCUGGGGGCUUCACUCCCAAGGAUGUUAGCCCUGCUCCAUCUACAGGUGGGCAGUCUGUCUUCAAUGCCCCAGCCGCCUCUCCAGCUCCUUCUUCCAACAUCUUUGGCCAUCUCUCUUCGGGCCCUUCCUCAAACAACCAGGAUGAGUCCGAUGAAGAUGACGGCGAGCAACAAGAGAUUGCUGGGUCUGUAGAGCCGGCCACCCCGAGAGGCAAUUUUGGAGAAUCUGAGGCGGAGUCAGAAGAGACGCAGGAGCAAAAGAAGCCAAACACUAGUUCCAAGGGAAGCCUUCUUUCCAGGAUCACCCGCGACAAUGACUCCGAGUCUGAGAAGGAGAACAAUGGCAUUUCCUCUACGGCGGCGACCAACGGAACUACUACGCCUACCAACAAGCCCUUCCAAUUCUUUGACUUUAAUGCAGCAUCCAAGACCGCCCCGCCCAAGUCGGACACAUUUGCAGGCGAUCAAACUUUCAAGUUUGGUAGCCCUAUCAAGUUUGGACAAGCUCCCGCUACGGAGAAGAAGGAUGCACCUAAGUUCCAGUUCCAGCCUGCUACACCAUCGCCAGGUGAGGGGUCGACAACGCCGGCGAAGCCACCGCCUUCUUCCAUUUUCAACUUUGCCUCAACCGGCGGCUCAUCAUUGUUUGCCCCAUCCGGUGGUAACUCUAUCGGCUCUUCAGUCUUUUCUUCACGUGCUGGAACGCCCCUGUCUGAAGCUGGCGAGACUAGUGCAGCCUCGGCCGCAGAGGAUGAAGAAGGCGAAAAGCAUGAACAAAUCGACCUCUCCCAACUCACCGAAGAAGAGCUCAACACCUACGACAUUGUCUUCCACACUGAUGUCGUCCUUGCCAAGCACCAGGUAGACAAAGAUGGAGAGAAGGCCUGGGUCAACCUUGCCAAGGGGCCGCUUUGGAUUCUCAAGGACAAGGAGACUGCUAAGUGCUCUGUCCGCGUCCGCAUCCCAAGUGGCGCUACGCCUCUGAACUACCAGAUUCUGCCUUCACUCCCUGCUACGGUCACCGGCUCUAGCAAAAAGAUGGUCAUGGCGACGAAGCCCGCAAAGGAAGGUGGACUGCAGUCGGUCAUCUUUGCUGUCAAGUCCCCUGAGAUUGCAGUAGAGAUGGCUGCAAAGUACACCGAGUCGGUUCCUUCCCCCUAA